UCACUUCUCGCGCUGUAGAGCUGUCUGUGUAAGAGUCUCGCGCAGACCUCUCAGUCUUCUUGUCCUGUUUAUUUCAGAACUUCUCUCUUAUUUACGCUAUUUUUUUAAUUUUAUUUCUUUUUUGUUCAAGCCCUGUUGUCCCUCUCAGGCACCAUUGAGCCUCCGGAGCAGCCGAGAAUGCCGAACAUCAAGAUUUUCAGUGGCAGCUCGCAUCCAGAUUUAUCGCAGAAGAUUGCUGAUCGGUUGGGUUUGGAGCUGGGAAAGGUGGUGACGAAAAAAUUUAGCAACCAGGAGACAUGUGUAGAGAUCGGGGAGAGUGUGCGUGGAGAAGACGUCUACAUCAUCCAGAGUGGGUGUGGUGAGAUAAAUGACAAUUUGAUGGAGUUGUUAAUCAUGAUAAACGCGUGUAAAAUAGCCUCAGCGUCCCGAGUGACCGCCGUCAUCCCCUGCUUCCCCUACGCCCGCCAGGACAAGAAGGAUAAGGUGGGGAGUCGUGCCCCGAUCUCUGCUAAGCUGGUGGCAAAUAUGCUCUCUGUAGCAGGCGCUGAUCACAUUAUAACCAUGGACCUACACGCAUCCCAAAUACAGGGCUUUUUCGACAUCCCUGUAGAUAAUCUGUACGCUGAGCCGGCCGUUCUCAAGUGGAUCAAAGAAAAUAUAAACGAAUGGAAAAACUGCACCAUCGUUUCUCCAGACGCUGGUGGAGCUAAGAGGGUGACCUCCAUUGCAGAUCGCCUGAAUGUGGACUUUGCCCUGAUCCAUAAGGAGAGGAAGAAGGCGAAUGAGGUGGAUCGCAUGGUUCUGGUCGGGGAUGUUAAAGACAGAGUCGCCAUCUUAGUGGACGACAUGGCGGACACCUGCGGGACAAUCUGCCACGCUGCGGAGAAAUUAGUCUCUGCCGGUUCGACUAAAGUCUACGCCAUUCUGACCCACGGGAUCUUCUCUGGACCUGCCAUCUCUCGCAUCAACAAUGCCAGCUUCGAGGCUGUGGUAGUGACCAACACUAUUCCCCAAGAGGACAAGAUCAAACAGUGUGACAAGAUCCAGGUGAUUGACAUCUCCAUGAUUUUGGCUGAAGCCAUCAGACGAACCCACAAUGGAGAGUCGGUGUCCUACCUGUUCAGCCACGUACCUUUAUAACACACACGCACACACACACACACACACUCAUACAUACACUUCCUUAUCAAUAUUUAAAUAUUAAACCAAUAUAUUAGCCUAAGACAUGAUAAAUGUCCAUCACACUCUCAUAUGAUUGUAAACGUGUCCCUCAUCCUCUCGAGUAGACGUGUCCGGCUUUAUUAAAUAGCUUACAGUGUUUUAUUUUUUUCCUCUGGUAAACACAACUCUGGCUUUGCUCCAAAAUAUCAACCGUACAAAUAUCUAACGCUGCCUGAAAACGCUCCCUCGCUAGGCAGCAUCAUUCUGAAUAGAACACAGUAUUCGACAGUAUUGCGUAUUCAUACCUGUGCUGUCUGUUCGGUAAAAAUGACGGACGUUACAGACGUGCUAUUCAUCAGGACCUUCUUCACUUCCUGUACAUAGUUCCAGUCUUUCCCACACAGAUGUCUUUACCUGUCCACAUCUAUAAACAUUUUUCCUAAGAAAAAAAAAGAAAAAAAAAAGUAUCAUCAGCAUGAUUUCCUGUUUUGCACUCUUUAGGAGGUGGAGCCCCCAGUGGGCGGAGUUAUACCACAACCCAGAUUCUAGUAUAGACACAAACUACUACUGUUGUGUGGAUUUUUGUGUUGCUAAUGUCUUUACUUGAGCGAUCACAGCUCGAAUAUUCGAGUGCAGCGUCCAUCUCUGAAGAACUGGAUCAGAACUCGUGGACUCGGGACUCGUGAGCAUCGGUAGUGCAGAAGUAAAGCAUUCAAGCGUCUCCUUCUUCUUAAAUGUAAUGGCAGCUUGUUUGUUUUUUCCCCCUCUCUCGUUGUGGCUACUGAAGAUUCAGGGUUUUUUGUUUUUUUUUAAGUGUGCACAAGAGAGACGAGUGCAGGGUCUGCAGGUUUCGUAUGAAUGUUUUUUGUUUUAUGUGUUUUAUGUUUACAUACUGCACCAAAGCAUAUCAAGUGCCUUUUAAAUUGCUGAUUACACACACACACACACACACACACACACACUUGCAUGCUUCGUUCUCCAGUUGUGAACGUAGAUGUCUUCCUUCCUUCCACACACUCUUGUUUUAACGCUGUGGGCGGAGCUUCAGUUAGUCAUGCUCCUUCCUCCACCAAUCAGAUGUCAGCAUGUGACUUUAUCUGAAUGCAGUACAACAAUAAAUCAUCUCAAAUUC